AAUUAAACACAAUUAGUAUGUUAUUAUAUAAUUAAUUAUAGUUGUGCGUAUAAGUUCCAAGGUGUGUAAUAAUUGAUACACCUUAAUACUGUAUUAGUCGCGUCACUUGAAGCAACAUUGAUCCUAGUCGCCUAGUAUUUGUGAUUAUAACUGUUAACAUUAAAAUGAACAAAACAUCGCCACUCAAUACACAAGAAGAAAAUGAGUUAAGACAAUAUGUUAAGUCUUUUCCUGAGUUUCCCAAACCCGGAAUAAUUUAUGAUGAUUGGGCGCCAGUGUUUUCAAGUAGUAUAGGUGUAUCAUUAAUAAACAAGCUAUUGAAAAAAUAUGCUGAAACUUUGCGUGGAAAAGUCGAUUGUGUAGUGAUGUUAGAAUCAAGAGGAUUUUUAAUCGGACCGAUAAUUGCUUUACAUUUAAACGUACCAUGCAUACCAGUUUGUAAGAAAGGAAACUUGCCAAAUCCGGUGAUUGAAUUAUCAUAUUCUUUGGAGUAUGGUAAGGAUACAAUAGUCAUUCAACCAGAUAGUGUUAAAAAAGGAGACCGUUUAGUUGUAGUUGACGACUUUCUUGCUACUGGCGGGACACUUAAAGCAGCAACGACACUCUUGACCAAAGUCGGUGGGGUUGUCGUUGAGUAUUUUGUUGUAAUGGAAAAAUUGUUUUUAGAAGGAAGAAAAAAAUUAGAAUUUCCGGUGAUUUGUUUUAUAUCCGACUAAUAAAAUUAUUGUACAAGAACUGUACAUCACAAAUUAGCUAUACUAAUAUUAAUGUUACUACACUAUUUUGAAUCCAAUAUUAAAAUCAUGCCAUGUAUAAUAAUUAAUAAUCAUAUAUUACUAUACUUUAGUACACAAUUUGUAUUAGGGAAAUCUAAUUUUUGUACAUAUCAUAUAUUAC